GGGGGACGCCGCACGUGUCGGCUGACAUGUUGUCGUGGGUGAGCCGAGCAGGAAACAGCUGAAUGUAGUAAACAGUUCACACGUACGUCCUCGUCACUGACAGCCGGGCGGCGAGGGGUUAACCCGGGUGAAGUUGGCGCAGAAGUUGCCUCGUCCUGCGAGGGAGGGGGCAGGGCCGUCCCGCAGAAGAGAGAGGCAGCUGUCAGCGGGGAGAAGAAUGGAGGCAGGAGCCGCCUCUGCAGCUUAAUGAUCAAACGUCUGUCUGGGAACAUAACAGGAAGCGGCUGAGGAGGAGAGCAGCUCCCCCUGGUGUGCGCCGCGUCUGGAGAAAAGGGGGGAAGCCAGCUCGUCGUCUCUCCUCCCCUCGUGUCUGACAGUCACUGGGAGGGUGUGAUGAGCGCAGAGCGGCUCCCGACUCAGUGCUAGUGUGAGUGAGGGCUGGGAGCAGCGGGACAUCACCUACCUCCGUCACCUCUGCUGCUCGUUCACACGGCGCCAACUUGUGCGGCUUCUGGGACAUCCCGGGACACUCAUCACCAUGAAGGCGAAGAAAGGUUUAGUUCCGCUAUCGGGCAGUGAGACGGAGGAUGAUGAUGGUAUGGAUAUUCCACUGGAUCUCUCCUCCACUGCUGGCUCAGGGAAGAGAAGGAGGCGUGGAAACCUGCCCAAAGAGUCCGUGCAGAUUCUGCGAGACUGGUUAUAUGAGCAUCGCUAUAAUGCCUACCCCUCAGAACAAGAGAAAGCCCUCCUGUCCCGGCAGACUCAUCUCUCCACACUACAGGUUUGUAACUGGUUCAUCAACGCAAGGCGUAGGCUUUUGCCCGAUAUGUUAAGAAAAGACGGAAAAGACCCCAACCAGUUCACCAUUUCACGGAAGGGAGCCAAAAUUACUGACGUGAUGCAGAUGGACUCUCCAACAGGGGCAAAGCCCUACAUUCCCACUAUAGACGAGAACUCUUUUCACUUCAGCUCUAUGGGACCUAACCAGAACUCAGGGAAGUUACUGGCCUCUCAGCUGUCUUCUCAGCAGUCUCUCCUGGCUCGCCCUUCAGUCAUCUGUCACACCACUGUCACGUCACUAAGUGAUGCGCCUUUCAACUUCACCCAUGUAUUGAAUGCUGGACAAAUCCCAGAACAGCAGCAAUCUGAGGCAAACAAACUAACAGAAACCUCACUUGUCUGCCACGAAGACACUCUAAAGUUAGGACAAAACCCAAAUUCACAGAGUGGACUUUUCAACACCCCACCACCUACCCCACCCGAUCACAAUCAGGAUUUCAGUGGUUUCCAAUUGUUGGUUGAUGUUGCCCUCAAACAAGCAGCAGAGAUGGAGCUGCAGUCAAAACUCAUGUCCUGAAUCUUCAGUUAUCAAAACUGUUCUGAACAUUUCCUUCGAACUGCCCAAGUCGAUAUCAAAGAUGGUUUGCAUUAUUAUUAUAUUUUUUUUUUUUUUUAUAUUCGUGUUAUUUGCACACGGGAUUAUGAAAGUGAAGCUUUCUUGACACAAAGAGGUCUUACCCCUUUCAAUGACUGUUGUUUUUUUUGUUUUUGUUUAGCCUUUAUGAACUGUGACUACAGCAUUGACUUUUAGUGAGUUUCUCCAUUGCCAUUCAUGGAUAUUGAAUUCAGAAAGUCACCAUGGUCUUUUAUUUUUAUUUUUUUUCAAACUUUUCAGUAAUUUAAAACCAAUCUCAGGGGUGAAGGAGAGCAGAUAUCAAGUGUUUGUGUAAUUGUAUAUAUUAUAUAGUUACACCUACAUCCUAACUAUACUGUAUUUCAUUCCAAUCUUCCGACAGAUAGAGCUACUGUAGAAACAACAUGCUUUACGUUUCUUGGUAGAUUUUGCUUAAAUGUGAGAUGUUUCCCAAGAUUGUGACUUUUAUUUUUAAUUUUUAUAAUUUUUGGUACCUUUCAAACUGUGCAAUAUUUAGAAUGAGAACCGAUAGACCUUUUUAUCAUUCCAGAGCAGCAGAAAAUGCUCCCAUACUGUCUACAACAUUUUUUUUUUUCCAUUUAUUUUUUAUCCCAGUAUAUAAUAAAAUAUUUUGUUAAAGGUCAUGUAAAAAUGUGUUUUUGUUACCUGGGGAUGGAAUGCGAAUACCAUGUAACUGGAUACUGUUCCCAUCUGGAAUAUUAACUGCUAUGUAAAGUUUGUUUCUUUGACAUGUAUUAUUUUUUUGUAUGUUUUUGUAAUAUAGAA